GGCCUGCAGUGCAGCGGUCCGCCGCAGGGGGCGGGGUUUCACUGCUGUGACGUCACACCGCUGUGUGCUUCUGGACUCGGCAGAAGAAGAUGGCGGCCUCCUCAGGAGUUAAAGUUCCACGCAAUUUUCGCUUGUUGGAAGAGCUUGAAGAAGGACAGAAGGGCGAGGGCGAUGGCACAGUCAGCUGGGGCCUCGAGAAUGACGAUGACAUGACUCUCACGUGGUGGACAGGCAUGAUCAUUGGACCAGCAAGAACCAAUUAUGAGAACAGAAUAUACAGUCUGAGAGUUGUAUGUGGAUCAAGAUACCCAGAGGUGUCCCCGACUGUUAAAUUUGUAACAAAAAUAAGCAUGAGUGGGAUAGAUAAUUCCAACGGGGUGGUGGAUUCAAGUAGCGUACCAGUUUUAGCAAAAUGGCAGAAUUCUUAUAGCAUUAAAAUUAUUCUUCAAGAGUUAAGGCGUCUAAUGAUGUCCAAAGAAAAUAUGAAGCUUCCACAACCACCGGAAGGACAAACCUACAGCACUUAAUCGCAAUGGAUUGUUUUGACCCUCUGUCUUAAACCUUACUCUUAGAAAUAUCGUGUAAAAUCAUCAAGAGGCUCACUUCACACAUCAACAAUAUCGUCGGCAAGACCAAGAUUGGAUUUUCUUAUUACAUAGCUCAUUGAAAAGGAAAAAUGUCCCUGCAGUUAAGCACUGAAUAGUCAAAAGACUUCAAGACCACAGUUAUCCGCCUUUAAAAAAAACCCAAAAAACUUACUUUGACAAUGACUUUUAUGUUCAACGUGCUUGAGUUGGCUUGAAGAGGGAAGCAUGACGCCACGCAGAGGAUGUACCAGAGUCCCAGUAGUUUUUAAGUUCAAAUGACUGAUCACUGAAGUAAAACAGCAAGAUGUGUGUAUGAAGGCAUGUUCUGUAACUAAUAACUAGUCCCAAGAUAAGCCACAUUUUUGAGUUUGUUAGUCAAAGUUAGCAGGUUCAUUAAACCAUCAUGCAGAUUGCUAAAUAUUGAACUGUGGCUGUAGUCUAAAAGUAGUGUCACAAGUUAAGAAAGGUAUAUAUAGAUAUGUAAAUAUAUAUAUCUGUAUUUGACACGAUACCAAUAUGUUUCUGUUCUGCAGCUCUUUGACAUGUAACAGACGUUGAAGCCUGUUCAUUUCUGAAACCCUUGCAUUUAUCUUCCAGGGAAAAUGACAGGUGUAUGAACUUGUGAUUUUCUGAAAUUAAAAUCACUGUCUGCAAGAA